AGGAAACAUUGUACAUUAAACGGCUCUUAUCAAAGACGCAUUAAAAUUGAAUGACAUUGUACCAGAAAUUACGAAGCGAUGCAGAUCUCUUUCGUAAUCUGCAUCAUUCUUUUUGGUGUUAUUUCGACAUCUGCGGAAACUGAGUGUUUUGCCUGUAGCAGUGUCCAUACAGUUGCUGAAUGUAAGACUACAAAAACGUGCAACGCUGAUGAGAUAUGCUUUACUGACUUCCUACCACAAGGAAACAGGACACUGUAUUCAUUCGGAUGUCGAUCUGAGACAAACUGUACAUCAGUUGUUUCAAAUACAGGAAAUAUGACAAAUGGAGCGUCACUUGUAGGGCGUUCUUUGACUGCGUCACCAUGUUCCCAGUGCUGCAAAGAGCAUCAUUGUAAUAGACAUAUAUGCCAACAAACAUAUUCGCUAAAAGAGUGUUCAGAUAGAGAAAAGGUAGGCUGUGCCACCCUUGAACAAUUUGCAAAUAUAUGUGCAGAUACACAGCGAGCUUUAUCAGUUUGUCGGCGAUUUUGUGGAUUAUGUAGCUACGUUGAUGGUCAGUGGGCAUCAUGGCUAUCCUGGUCCAGGUGUGACGUAACCUGUGGAGACGGGAACCAGUCGCGUAAAAGAACGUGUACAGAGCCAGCCCCUGCAGGAGGGGGUCAUAAUUGUCAAGGACACUCUGACGAAACUCAAAUGUGCACUCUUCAGCCAUGCCCAGUACAUGGUCACUGGUCAACAUGGAGUAGCUGGGGCAGCUGCAGUACAACAUGCGGUAUAGGAAUGCAACGUAGAGACCGAACAUGUUCAAAUCCCUACCCUGCACGUUUUGGAGACCAUUGCUAUGGCGAUUCCAGAGAUGAUAGAUUAUGUGUUGAUGCAAUUUGUCCAGUUACCGACGGUGGUUGGAGCACGUGGACCUCCUGGACAGCAUGUACAGCAAGUUGUGGAGGUGGGAUAAAGUCUCACUAUAGGGAUUGUAACAGUCCUAUGCCAUCUGCAGGAGUGAAACCAUGCUCGGGAGCUCCGUAUGAAGUGGCAUCGUGUAAUCAGCAAUCUUGCCCUCGAAAGCUGUCGUCGUUUUUUUACUCUCAUCCGGUCAAUGUUGGAAGAAGGUAUUGGUUUCCUGACUCAAAAGGAUCGAUAAAGUGUACUAAUUCUUUGCUUUAUUCUGGAUGUGGUACCAUCGCAUUUAAAACUGAGGUUUUCGAAGAAGGGUCUUACUACGAUAGUACUACUGGUGUCUUUACAUGCAAUUAUCCGGGCGUCUAUGUUUUCACACCCUCAUUAAUCAGUAUUCCUCAUGAAGGUAUUGACUGUGAUGUUUCGAAAAACGAUCAAUCAAUAACGAAAAUUGUUAAGGAAUUUGGUAAUUGGAAAGCAUCAGUAAGUGUAACGGUGACCUUACAUCUCCAGCGAGGCGACAAAGUGUCCUUGUUUUGUCAACAUCUUGAUGGCGAUUUAGAUUCAGCUUCCACCUUCAGUGGAUUUCUUUUGCACUCUGACAUACUCUUUGCGUUAUUAUGGGAUCAAGUUAUGUUGACGGACAGACAGAUGGCUGGAGGGAGGGAGGGUAAACUUAAAGACCACUCCUGCACAAAUUACGAAGCGAUGCAGAUCUCUUUUGUAAUCUGCAUCAUUCUUGUUGCUGUUAUUUCGACAUCUGCGGCAAUCGAGUGUUUUGCCUGUAGCAGUGUCCAAACUGUUGCUGAAUGUAAGACUACGAAAACGUGCAAUGCUGAUGAGAUAUGUUAUACUGACUUCCUACUACAAGGAAACGCGACACUGUAUUCAUUCGGAUGUCGAUCUGAGACAAACUGUUCAUCAGUUGUUUCAUAUUCAGGAAAUAUGACUAAUGGAGCGUUAUUGGUAGGACGCUCUUUGCCUACGUCAUCAUGUUCCGAGUGCUGCAAAGAGCAUCACUGUAAUAGACAUAUGUGCCAAGAAACAUAUUCGCUUAAAGAGUGUUCAGAUAGAGAAAACGUAGGCUGUGCAACCCUUGAACAAUAUGCAGAUAUAUGUGCAGAUACACACAGAGCUUUGUCAGUUUGUCGGCGAUUCUGCGGAUUAUGUAGAUACGUGGAUGGUCAGUGGGCCUCAUGGCUAGCCUGGUCCAGCUGUGACGUAACCUGUGGAGACGGGAAUCAGUCGCGUAAAAGAACGUGUACAGAGCCAGUCCCUGCAGGAAGGGGUCAUAAUUGUCAAGGACACUCUGACGAAACUCAGAGGUGCACUCUUCAGCCAUGUCCCGUUCAUGGUCACUGGUCAACAUGGAGUGACUGGGGAAGCUGCAGUACAACAUGCGGUAUUGGAAUGCAACGUAGAGACCGAACAUGUUCAAAUCCCUAUCCUGCACGUUUUGGAGACCAUUGUUAUGGUGAUUCAAGAGAUGAUAGAUUAUGUGUAGAUGCAGUUUGUCCUGUUACUGACGGUGCUUGGAGCAAGUGGACCUCAUGGUCAACAUGUACAGCAAGUUGUGGGGGAGGGGUAAAGUCUCACUAUAGGGAUUGUAACAAUCCUAUGCCAUCUGCAGGAGGAAGACUUUGUACUGGGCUUCAACAAGAAAUGACUGCAUGCAAUCAGCAAAAUUGCCCCCGAAAGCUUUCGUCAUUUUCGUACUCUCAUCCAGUAAGUGUUGGGCAUUUGCAAUACGGGGGUAAAAAAGGGUCAAUGGUGUGUUAUGAGUUCACUGUAAUUGGUUCAUCAAUACAUUUACCUACAUGUUCUACCAUUGCAUUUACCAGUAAAAUAUUUGAAGAAGGGUCUUCCUACAACAGUACGACUGGCGACUUUACGUGCUCUUAUCCAGGUGUUUAUGUUUUUACGGCUUCGGUAAUCAGUUCUGCUGGAUCUACAAUUGAUUGUGAUAUAUCAAAGAACGAUCACACCAUUGCAAGAAUUAUCAAGAAUCAGUCAGAGACUAUAGUGUUUGGAUUUGCAACGAUAACAUUACAACUCCAGCUUCGUGAUAAGAUUUCCUUGUUUUGUCAGCAUUUGUCUGACCAUUUAGAGCCAUCUUCAACUUAA